GUGACGGAUGCGGGAUGCGGGCUGCGGCUGCUGUGUUGUAAUGCAUAGCCGAGCUGCGGGUUUUGCAAAGUGAACGCUGGUGGAUGCAAUCCACAGACCGCAGCAUGUUGCAGGCAACCCGGCCACUGCGUAGCGCGCAGUCCGAGGAGCCCGGCGCUGCACGGUGAAGCCGGUGCGCUCAGAGCAGACUGUGGGGGAGAGGCGUGCUCAAGUUUAGCGCCAUUCCGCCCGGGACAAAACAAUAGGGGAUAUUGAGUGGAGGAAGAGGCAUCUGGUCGGGGCUCAGCUGCGGGAACCCCGCGCAAGAUGGGGAGGUGCUGGUCUUUGUUAUUCAGCGUCACCGGCUGGAAAGCCCGGAGUGAAUAGACAUCAUCAGAACGCAGAAUUCCAGGCUCUCCUCCCCAUUCGCCCCCCCCGCAGAUGUCAGUUUUAAAUCGACCACAAGAACCGCAGCAGCCCCCCCAGCAGCGCCCCCCGUCGCGAUGUCGCCGCCGCCCCUCAUUAAAGCGUACCGCUGCCACAUGUGCGAGGAGAGCUUCAGCGCCAUGGGGCUGCUCAUCGAGCACCAGUCCGCGCACGCUGGCCAGGGGCUGCUGUUCUGCGGGAAGUGCGAGGGUCUGUUCUCCUGCCGAGACCAGCUGGAGCAGCACCAGUGCACCUCCUGCACCUACAUCUGCACCUGCGGCAACGGCUUCCCCCAGUACCCUGCCCUGCUGGAGCACAUGCGCUCCCACGACGAGGGGCUGCCCCCGGGGUACCCCGACCCCGUCGCGCAGGCCCGCUCGCACACGCUGCUGGCCGACUUGGUGAAGCAGAGGCAGCAGGAGAAGGGAGGAGGACGAGCCGGGACCGGGGCCCCUGCGGGCUUCGGAGAGAUGGUCGUCCUGAAGCUGCGGUUUCUCCCCGUGGUCAGCAUCAGGCGCCAGGAGGAGGAGGAGAGCGUGAGGGGCCACAAGUGCGGCAUCUGCGGCUGGACCUUCGUCAGCCUGGACCUGCUGAUCGAGCACCACACCAGCCACGGCGCGGACGCCGUGUACGGCUGCCGGAGGUGCCGGAGAGCCGUGAGCAGCAGCGUGCUGCUGGAGAGACACGCCUGCGCCCCACGGGACCUGCUCGGGAACGGAGGCUCCUUCCGCUUCGACGGCGUGGCGGUCAUGCAGGGGCAGGGGCAGGUGCCGCUGGGCUACGUGGGGGACGUGUCCCGUCGCCGGGGGGAUCUGGAGAAGCACCAGGUCUCCCAUUUGGACGGCAAGCCCUUCCACUGCCACAAGUGCCACAGGUUCUACCUGCAGAAGAGCAGCCUGCGGAAACACAGGUGCCCCGUGAGCGACAGAGACCCGGGACAUGGUCUGAGGAAGAGCGUCAGUCACCGAGGGGAGCAGACCGUGUUCAUCUACAAACGCAGCGAGUGCGCGGGGUCCGGCGGGCUGGGCCACGGCAUCAAGGAAGUGAGAAGUCAGGUCAAAGUGACGUUCCGGGAAAAACAGCCCCUGACCCAGCCACAGCCCCUGACUCAGUUUCAACCACAGCCCCUAACCCUGACCCAGUUUCAACCACAGCCCCUAACCCUGACCCAACCACAGCCCCUGACCCAGUUUCAGCCACAGCCCCUAACCCUGACCCAGCCACAGCCUGAGCCUCGACCGCUGCUUCUGAUCCAGUCUCCGCUCCAGUCUCGGCUCCUGCCUCAGACUCUACCUCAUUUGCAGGCUCAGCUCCUUUCUUCUUUCCAGACUCGGGCUCGACUCCAAUACCAGCGCCAGUCUCCGCUGCUGCGCCCGAGCCAGACCAGCAAGGCUCUGCCCUCUGACCGGCUGAGUCAGAGCGCGGACUGGCACAAGGACCGGGGGCCGGGCUGCGUCCGAGCGAAGGGGCCCAGCUGGUUGGACCCCAAGGCCCGGCUGCUGAUCCUCCGCAAACCCGAGUCCGAGCCUCCUCUCCCCCUGGAGGAAGAUUUCGUGUUCCGCUCGGCGCGCGGGACAAGGACUUACCAGCGCGGAAACUGCAGUGUCGGCCACACCCGGCCCUUCGUGAUGCCGGAACCAGAGAAGAGCAGCAGCGAGGUGCAGGCGGGUGGGGGACCGCCUGAGGAAGAGAGAUCGGAGGCCCCUCCCUCCCCCACCAAGAGGAAACUGGAGCUGCAGUUUUCAGAAGAGGAGGACGACGACUGCAUGAUCGUCGAGCCCAACCAGCAGAACAACAAAGAGGAGGAGGGGAGGAGGAGGAGGAGGAGAGCGGAGGAAGAACACGAACCUCAAAACCCCCGAGCUCUCCCAGCCUCCCGGGACUGCAACGGCACGGACUCCCGGGAAACAGAUCCGCCCGCGGGGUCCCGCGAACAGGAGGUCCUGCCCCCGGAGGAGGAGGAGGAUCAGGAGCAGCGCAGCGAGACCCCCGGCUACCAGAGGCUGGAGGCGGAGUGUGGCAAGACGCUGAUCCGUAAGAGGUGCUUCGUCCCCUUGACCAGGAUCCGGGAGGAAGAGGAGGGUGAGGGGGCCCGGCGCAAGAAGACGAUGACGUGCGAGCCUGGCGUCAAGAAUCUGUCUGUAAAACCAACGAAGGGAGGAGGAGGAGGGGUGGGGGGGAACCUGCAGGAGACGACAACCCCCCCCAAAAGGAAACUGGAGCUGGAGUUCUCAGAGGAGGAGGAAGAGGACUGCGUGAUCGUCGAGCCCAACCAGAAGAAGAUAAAGAGCGAAGCGGAGCCUCAGCCUGUUGAAAUCCUCCCGGCCUCUCGGGGCAGCAACGGCACCGAAUCCCGACAGGCUGUUUACCACGGUCAUCAGCAGCGGCCCGACCAGACCUUCCGCUGCCUGCGCUGCGGGACCCUCUUCCCCCAGUCUGAGGCGCUCGCCCGGCACAGCGAGGCCUGCAGCCGGGCGCCGCCCCAGCGGGGGAGCCCCCAGCCCUCGCGGCUUCUGUGCGGGAAGUGUCGCACGGGCUUCCCCUCCAGAGCGGAGCUCGACCGGCACCUCCGGGAUUCCCGCUGCCUGCAGCAGGCUCUGCUCACCCGCCAGGUUUGUGACCGGGGGUUCAGCGACGAGCAGCGGCUGCACGGAUGCCAGGACCCCUACCGCUGCCCAGGCUGCAGGGAGAGCUUCGCCAGGCAGGGGGCGCUGCAGGAGCACAUGCGGGCGCACGGGGGGCUGGCGGACGGCGCGCUGAGACAGGAGGGGUGGAGGUACAGAACGGGCUUCUGUACCGUGCAGUACUUCCCCGGGGUGAAAGAGGAAGGCUGAACAGACGGACAGACAGACAGACAGACAGGCAGGCGGAUGCACUGCUGCCUUAUCUUUUUUUUUAAUUUUUAA